AUAGCUACCGUGCACCGCUGCUGCUUGGCCGCAGCAGUUGUUUUUCUACUUAGCCUAAGGAAGAAGAGCUGACACCAUGAACCAAGUAGUGACCAUCGAGACCCAGGACCUGCCACAGUUGCCUCAAACUCCGAGCACGAAGAAGCCGGCCCCCUCGGGCAACAUCUCUUCCAGUCGACCUUAUGAUUUUCUGUACGAUCCAUUGUUUACUGUGUCAAGUGAGAAAGACCACAAAAAGGCAAAUAUGCAAGUCACCCUGAUUCGAAACAAACUGAGGAGAGUUCCCAGGUUCCGAACCAUGUUCAGUAACCUGAUCCAUUAUCCGAGAUAUUCUCUGUAUUUGAGCAAGACAGACCCUGUGCCACCAUUUAUCAGUCGGGAAUGGAAGAGACCUGAGGAGAAACAUAGAGAAGCUCUUCAGCAACUUGCUGCAAUUGACCGCUAUUUUCAGAUGCCUGAAGUGUAUGAAGAUCCUCAGGUUACUGGAAAGAAUCGCUAUAAAUAUUUUGAAAGGCCUCUCCUUCCAUUUUAUGAACAGAUACCAUUCAGUGUUGUUUUUUCAGAAACCAACGCAGAAUCAUAUACUUUUCCUCCUUCUCCUGCUCAGUACCCACCCAUCCUUAUGAAGACAUCAGUGGGCACGCAGACUGAUUAUCGGGAUGCUGAAGCUCAAACAGAUCCAUAUUCUCCAGAAUAUGUAAUAUGUCAGGACUCAAUCCCUGAGCUCUUGACCCUGGCUACUCUUACUUGGGGUCGAGGUCUCCCUGCAGGACAAGCUGAAAUAGAGAUGAUAGAACGGGCCCGGGAGAAGCGUGCCUGGGAAGCCACUCUUCCGCCUCUGACUGACACCUCCCAGUUUGAGAAGAGAAGGAAGAUGAUGGAUGCAAUGGAGAGGAAGGAGUGGGCCUUCAGAGAACAGGAAAUUGAAAAACUACAGGAGAUUCGCCUGGAAGUUUUAAAAGAGCUGCUGAAGAAGUGUGAUGAAAAUCAAAAUGAAGUGAACAUGAAACGCUUGAAUGCCCAAUGGUCUAAACUACAGGAAGCAAAGGAGGCAAAAGUGGCUAAAAUUCAACGCAAACAUGUAUUAGCAAUCAGAAAACUUGUGGCAAAAGGAAAAGAUAUAGAAGGGAAGUUGGAGAGAAGAAAUAUCAUCAAGGAUUAUACUGAUUAUGCAUCACAGGUCUAUGGACCUCUAUCUCGCAUCGGUCGUUUCCCAGACAACAACUCAGAAGAAUUUGUAGUAAAAAACCACUAUCUCAAUACCUAUGAAGGGUUAGUUGAACUUGAGUCACAUCUCCCAGAUUUUGUAACACAACCCCGAAUCAAACCUCCAAAACCUAAAGACACCACCACCAAAACUGGUUUCCUAAAGAGGGCAGCAAGGCUGGACCAUGAGUUGGCAGAAGUUCACAAGGCACUGUUGGAUAAGAAGAAUAAGGUUCUUGAACCAAGUAAACCUCUGCGCUUUCUUCAAAAAAAACCAAUACCUCAACCUCGGCUUCCAACUCCAACUUUGGAAAUGGGUUCCAAUGAAGAAGAAGAUAUAGAAAUGGCUGUGAUCUACCUUCAGAAGUUACUCCGGGGCAGAGCUGUUCAGAACAUGAUGUUUGAAGGGAAAGAAAAGCGACUGGAGCUGAUCCAGGAGUUGCGCACCAGCCACGCACUGCAAGAAGAUGACAGGCUAGUGAAGAAAGCUGAGAAGCAAGUGACUUUGGCUCUGCAGCGGCAGAGGAACCUGCACGAACACAAGGUGUCACUUGUUGAAAACCACUUGGCGGGACUGGAAGGAAGGGUGCUGGCAGACAUGCUUGACUUCCUAUCCAAGGAGCUGGUGAGACUGCAGGAAGAGAGGCGGAUCCAUGCCUUUGCCAUGCUGGCAGAAAGGCAGCGGAGGAUGCGGGAAGCCGAAGAGAGCGGUCGGCGGCAGGUGGAGCAGAGGCGUCUGCGGGAAGAGGAUGAGAUAUUUAAGCAGGUGGUCAAAGUACACCAAAGUACUAUUACAUCGUAUUUGGAAGAUAUAAUACUGAAUACUGAAGAGAAUACUGCAGAAGAACAAGCCAGGGCAGAAAUUGAGAAGAUAGCUCAGGAAAUCAAUGACAUUGCUUAUGAAAUGGAAAACCGUCGCACUCAUCUUCAGUCAGAGGAAAUUGUGGCUGAGUUGGUUUAUAGUUUCCUGAUCCCAGAAGUACAGAAGGACUUUGUCAAAGAAAAAGUGAGGAACGCACAGCGGAAGCAUAUUCUUGCAGCCCAUCAGAUCAUCCAUGGGCACACAGAAGCCAUGAUCAGAGAGGAUGCUGAACAGCAGCAAAAUGAGGAAGGCACUCAAGAAACUGAGAAAGGAACACAAAGUGAGGAAAGCAGCUGAGGUGAGUUUGAUUUCCCUCUGGAGGAAAGGAGAGGAAGAGAGGAAAAGCUGCCUCAUUCACCUGUACUCUGACAAUCACAAUGUGAACAGAUUGUCCAUUGCUGAAAGAAAAAAUAAGCCCUACCAUUCAAAGAUUUUUUUUAAUAAGAAAACUACUCUUAACCACUGAUUUUAAAACACUGAAUGAUGAUGGAAAUUAGCUUUUGUACAGAACUGGUAAUGUUUUUUUAAUGAAUCCAGCCUAAAAUUACAAGGCACAGCAGAACUUAUAUGUAUCAUGUAUAUUAUUGUAACUUCAGUUCAGUUCAAUGACAAUUAUCAUUGUGUGAAUUACAAGUACUGUAAAAUUGCUUUACAUACUUCCUGUACUGUCAAAAGUUCAAAGAAGAAGCAAGCUCUCCAUUCCCACACAUCUGCGACAA